CGACUUGACCAGAUCUUCAAGUUCAGAUAUGACAUAACCAUUCUCCCCGUCAACGUUUUAAAAUUCUUGGUGAGGCACAAAUUCUGAGUCAUAAGAAGAACAAGAACAGUGUUUGGCAUAAAACAAACAACUGAAUUAUGUCAGAGACCAUCCCUUACGUGACUUCUGAAAGAACAAGGUGGUGCUUAGUGGGAGUGGCAGAAAGACUGGAGAGACUGGACACAAGCAGGUAUAUCCUCUUCAUGGUGGAGGACUACAUUAACAACAGCAGCUGACAUUCAUUUCUUAAAGAUGGAGCUGCAUUUGCCCUUGUGGAGUUGGUGCUGACACCACAAACAAAGACGGAGACAUUUGGACACAAGGAAACCUUGCUGGAAUUGUAGUCCUCAUCUUCAUCAUGGUGUUCUGGAUUAUUCUACCCAUCACAUUGUUUCUGGUAUCCUUCAUAGGAACAUGGAGCGUAUAUGGUCUGGCCUUGUCCAACAAUCACGUGUGUCCUCUCAGCGACUGGAGUGGUGCUACCCGCUGCAGAGAGAAUGCGACCCAAAGCUGUUGCUUCACUCCCACAAUCAGUUCAAGUGGAAUGUUUGCACCAGAGAGCUCACUGUUCUCAGCCACGCUCAACGCCGGAUCCUUUCUGUUUCUGCUGUUCUGCAUUUUUCAUCACGCUCAUGUGCUGGAAAAACAAACGUGCCACUCCAUGUUGAGCAAAUUUGCUCUGGCCUUUGGAGUGGUGUCUGCCUUCGGGUCAUUCGCAGCAGGAAACUGCAAUGCAGGCACCCUGACCCUCCUGCACUUCCUCGGAGCUGGGGUCAGUUUCGUGUGCGUCUCCUUCUACGCCGUCCUGCUCACGGAACUGACGAGGAAGUGUGAUCUGACUGGACAUGAGAAGGUUCUCUACCCGCUGAGAUUCAUCUCUACAGUGAUUCAAAUCUUUGCGACGAUCUUCUAUGCUUUUUUCUACAUCCAGAACAAUUCUUUUUACAACCAACUGUCUGCUGUGUUUGAGUGGAUGCUGACGAUGAACAUGGAGCUGUUUGAGCUCAGUUACAUCGUAGAGUUCUCCUUCUUCUCCUCCUUCAUGCUUUCAAACCUGCUUAGCAGACGAGAAGAGGAGAAGCCCCUGAUGAUGACCUGAUGCAAGGUUUCCAGGGUUCUGCAGGAACGCACGGGCAGUGACGAUGGACUGACGCAAAACUGGCUGGUUCUUUGUUUUGUUUUUUCAGCAUCUGCUGGGACAGAUUUUGACCUGAUGCUGUUGGAUUACUUCCCCCUCGCAGCAUUUAUUUUUCUUAGAUGAUACGUUUAAAAAGAGCAGAACAAAUCACACAGAUAGUCUUUUUAAUUACAUAAAGAACAAAGAGCCUUUCUAGUUGUGUUCAAAGGAUUUGGUUUGUACAUUUUCUGUGCAAUAACCUUUUAUUGGAUGUCAGCACAUCAUCUAGUAUUAAAUCAUUUAGAAUUGUUGCCUCUUAAAGUGGUUUACCAUGUCUCUGUGCAUAAUUACAUAAGCUUAAGUGGGUGACUGGCGAGUGUUAUUGCACUGAUUGUUGGACAGGAGGGUGGGAACUUUAAAAUAAUACUUCUGGUGGUAAACCGGAUCCUGUUUGGCCAGAUGAUUAGAACCAAAGGACACCAUGGAGACAGUUUGUUCUUUCAACGUCAUCAGUUUUAUUGACUGAGUCAGCACGUCUGUACGUUCAAAUGACUUCAUUUUUUAAUCAUCCGACUACAAUGCAAACUGUUACUGUUUUCAGAGCUCACACAUGGUUCAAGAUUUUUUUCUGCUCAUUCUGUGGUUACAGAAAUAAUGUGCAUCAGGUGAGUGUUUGUAAUGUAACUGUAUACAUAAUUUCUUACGAACACAAAAGUUUUUCCCAGCAUGGUUAAAAGAGUUUGGAUCAAGAAUAUUUUUACAUCUGCAGAAUGAGAUGCUUUUGUACAAGAUUGGCUAAAAGCUAACCUUCUGGCAUCUAAAAGCUAAGGAGAUGACCGCUGCUACAACAACGCUGGUCCCAAACUGAACUAUGAUGCCUUCAUUAAAAUGAAAUGGCUAUUUCAAGCUUCAGCCAUUAGCUUAAAGUUAUUUCACUGUUUAGGCUUCUUGCAUUUUUAUUGUUUAGACCAGAGGUUCCCAACCUUUUUUCCUUGUGAACACCCUUGCCUGUGUCCAAGGUAAGCCAGGACCCCCAUCCAUACAAUAAAAGUGAUUAAUUACAAACUACAAGGACACACAGAGUUGUAACUUAUACAGAGAUUCAAUUAUACUAAUGGAUGUGUUGUUGGGAUUUUAUAAAUGUAAUUUUGCAAAGAAUAUCUUGGUAAGCUCCAUGGACAUAAUUGAAACUUUGUUUUGGGGGGGCACAAACCCCAGAUUGGGAACCACUGAUUUAGACACUUGAUUUUUAUUUAUAUUUGAAAGAAAAUGUAUUUAUUGCAGUUAAUUGGUCAUCAUCGUUGUAAAUUUGAAUGCAUUUCAUGUCCUGCUCAUCUGAAAAUUGUUAGAAGGGGAAAAAGUUUAACAACAAUUUUAACAAAAUAAGAAAUGUUAUAAUCAAGAAUGGUAAACAGUGGUGUGAAAAGCUGGUAUGCACUGUAUGUGACGCAUAGUGGCGCCAUGUUGGAGAGAGCACCAAAGCGAUCAUGGAAAAAUAUUUUUAGACCUGUCUUGUCUCGGUAGCACUUUACCUUACCUUUAUUACUGUUACUUAGUGCAUCAUUAAGCAUUAAUAAACAAUGGAUCCCUUUAUUAACCUUU